AUGACCUCCUCAGACCCGCCUUUCAAAGACUCCUCCAGUAUCAACCACUACCUAAAAGAAAUCCGCUCCAGCAAUGGCUCCCACAAACUAUCCCUGAAUAUGGCGCUCUCGUUCCUCGAUCUUUUACAUAGAAACAUCAUCGCCUUUCCCUCCCACGACAAAGAAAAGGCUAACUCCAUCGCCACUCUCUCCAACCUCACCCAUUUCUUGCCUGAAAACUCCACCGGCUUGUCAAAAUAUUUAUGCGAUUACAACUUUGUCGCCGCCAUCGUCAAUAACGCCAUCUUGAACCCCUUCGAUGACGCCCCGUACUCGAUCAUCAACUCCCUCCUUAAAACUGACUUGGUUUCAUUCGAAAACCUAGAGGUCAAUGCUGCCGCCCCCGGCGACAUCUACAAGACAUUCAUGUCGGUUCUUAUCAAACACCCCCAAAUCGUCGAGAAUAUCCCCAAAAGACUCCAGUCCACCAGCAGAAAUUUGGCCCCGUCAUCGAUCGAAUUCGUGAUGUUGAUCACCAUGAUCUGCGCCCCAAUAGAACGUACCAAUUAUGCUCUUAAGAUAUUCAUGAUCUUUUGUCAAGAAAACAUCUUUGAGCUCAUCAACGACAUUUUUGAAAAAUCCCAGUUCAACGCUAACCAUACCGGGGUCGUGGCAUUCCCCGUCAGCACUAAGUUAUACAGUAUCUUUAACACCUGUUACAUCAAAGCGUUUGCAAUGAUUCUCGACAAUUUAGCCUCCACUACCGUGGACAUUCACAACAAUCAGCUUCAUCAAACCAUAUUGAACACCCUCGUUCAAUCGAUUAAAAACUUCAACCAUUUGAACGUCGGUAAUUCUUUGGGGAAAUACAAGGAUACUUCCGUGCUUUUCCACAAAUUGGGGUUCUCUAAAAACCCUAGCGCUUAUAUCGUCUCCCACUUCUCAUUCCCGGUAAUUUUCACCGUGAUCACUUUCCUCAUCAAACCCUCGGUCAACCGCUUCAAAUUGAAAUGUAAACAACAAUAUUUACUCGUGUCGUCCGAAGCAAAAAGAUUCCCAAUGAACAAGAUGUUGUUCGAAAUCUCCCAAUUGCUUCAUUCGCACAACGCCAUCAAUAAUACCAAAAACACCGAAAUUUACCACAAAUACAUUCUCUAUUUCGAUCAAAUCUUCGCGUUAUUGGCCAGCAAGGCGUUGGUGUAUUGGGAAGAAUCCCACGCCGACAGUACCGGUGCCAAUGAUAUCACAGCAAUGUUGGAAUUGCUCAAGUUGGAUAUGAAGUUCAUCAACUCGUUACUACUCCAUGCUAAAAGUUUUGCCCCGGUGCAAAAAAAAUCGUUGGCGUUGUCUUAUGGAGAUAUUCGAAACAUCGAAUCAGGGUUCCUUAGAGAUAAUCAAUACAUGAACGUCAUGAGCUCGAAAGACUUGAAUGGUUUCGACGAGCUUCUUAUUGAAAAUCUCAAGUUUUUCAUUAUCAAUGAACGUUUCAACGAAUUGUCGGUGGGGUGCUUGUGUUACGACGAUGAUCCUGAUUUCAGCACUGCCAGCAGCAACUUCAGCAUGAAUUCUACUAAUAAACUGAAAUUAAAGAAAAGAAUUUACAUGGCGUUAUCGACCAACAAGACUUCCAUCCUUUAUAGAAAAAUUUCGGAAAAUCAAGCGUUCCAUAAUGGUAAUCACAUGGAUUUGGAUACUGACAACAGUCAUCAAAUUCCUAUCCGAUCGAUCAAGAGAAUUGUCAUCAAUGAUGAUAAGUCGGUGUCUAGUGGUGCGGUGUCUAUUAGUAGCUCGUCGGUAAUGGAAGGUUACUCCAAACAAAGACAGAACCUUGGUUCGGUUUAUCAAAGAUUCAUCCGGAUGGGCUCAGGUAACAGAACUACGAAAAUUUCUCUUAUCAAUCAUGAAAACGACGCGUUUUUCACUUUCUACAUUGACAACAAGCACAGUUCGAUGCUUUGGAUCGAUUCUUUGAUGUUGUUAAUUAACAAAUUCAAUUUCGCCAACGUCACCACGGAAACCAAAUCACACAUGGAGAAAUUGUUCGAUAUCAAGCGGGGGAUGCAGUUUUCUCUGUUGAAGGAUAUUUAUGCCAUUGAGAGUAUGAACUUACCUAACACCAUUUUCAACUUCAACAUCAACGACGUCACCAUCGAUAACCAUAAAGUGGACGAUAAAACCAUGCAUGAAUUCUUGAUCCAACAACUUGACGACAUCAAAUUCGACAAUUUUGACAAGCUCAUCAAGCGUGAUUUCCAAAACAUUUUGAGCAACGAAUACUCUUUGGAUUCGAAGAAUUCUAAUGGUGGUGAUUCAUUCAAUAAUAUUUUGAAGAAGAGUUAUCGAAAUGAAUUGAAGAGGAAUAAAAUAAAGAGCCCAGAAACUUUCGAAGACUCCAGUACGCUUUCUCUGGCUAUUGAAGAGGACGAGUUUGAUUACAGUUAUGAUGAAUUAGCGGCGAUUGGUAGCAAUUUCUACUAUACCUGA